AUGGCUCUCGGCACCGCCCGUCCCGCGCUGCCAGCGCUCCUGGCCCUGAUCGGAGCUCUGCUCCCAGGACUUGGAGGGGCCCAAACAUCAGUGCACCCCCUAGAAGCCAUCAUACCCCGAGGCGGCUCUGUGCAGGUGAACUGUAGUACUUCUUGUGACCAUCGCCCCUUCUUGGGCCUGGAGACGCAGCUGACUAAGAAGGAGGUCGCUCAGGGGGACAACUGGAAGAUCUUUGAACUGAGUGGUGUGCAGGAAGAUAGCACCCCAAUAUGCUUCUCGUACUGUCAAGCACAGACAAUGGUUUCGAUGUCUCUCACCGUGUACUUGUUCCCAGCUUCGGAGGCCCAAGUCCGCCUGGAGCUGUCUGGCUGGAACCUGCACCCCACAGUCACGCACAACAACGACUCCCUCUUGGCCACGGCCCAUGACAAGGCCAACAUGGAAGAGGAGGGCACCCAGCAGCUGUCGUGCGUGGUGACCCUGGGACACCAGAGCCGGUCGUGGCAGGAGAAUGUGACCAUCUACAGCUUCCCGGCUCCCAGCCUGACCCUGAGUGAGCCAGAGGUCUCAGAACAGACUGUGGUGACCGUGGAGUGUGAAGCCCAGGCCGGGGCCCUGGUGAUGCUGAGCGGGGGGGUCCCGGCAAGGCUUCCAGGACCCAGGGCCCAGUUCCAACUAAAUGCCAGCGCCGAGGACAAUGGGCGCAUCUUCUUCUGCUCUGCUCUCCUGGAGGUGGCCGGGCAGGUGCUACACAAGAACCAGACCCGGGAGCUCCGUGUCCUGUAUGGUCCCCGACUAGACAAGAGGGAUUGUCUGGGAAACUGGACGUGGCAGGAAGGCUCCCAGCAGACCCUGACAUGCCAAGCUUGGGGAAAUCCAGUUCCUGAGCUGAAGUGUCGCCGGAAGGGGGAUAAUGCUCUGCUGCCCAUCGGGGACCUGAGACCUGUCACGCGGGAGGUUGCAGGCACUUACCUGUGUCAGGCCAGGAGCCCCCGUGGUGAGGUCACCCGUGAAGUGGUCGUGAACGUGAUCUACCACCGGAAUUACAUCCUCACCACCAUUCUGGUGACAGUUGCUUUCACCAUAGGAGCUGCGGGCCUAGCUGCUUACUUCUAUAACCGCCAGCGGAAGAUCCAGAAAUACAAGUUACAGAAGGCCCAGGAGGCGGCUGCCAUGAAGCUGAACACACCAGCCACGCCACCCUGA